AUGCAUCCGUUACGGCUCUUUGUUGGAUUCGAAACGACUCAGGGAAUUUCGAAGAUGUUCAAACCUCAGCCUAAAUUCGGUAUGGGCUUUACCAUUGCCCUAUACCCUAUUGCAAUAAACGAGGCUGGAGGUUAUCCGGGACACGCAUUCCAGCCUGCCUUGAGGUUUAGUGGACUCUCUGUGAACUUCAUGUUCGCAGAACGAUCGAGUAUAGCUGUACCCAAGAUUUACAGUUUCCUUGUUUCUGAGCUCCUGCAACUUAUCAAUGGAUUACUCGAGCGCGACAUCAUCACCAAGCACUCCCGUCUAUCCGACACUUCGAUUCCCACCAAUGGACUUGGAUAUACGGCUGACUUGGAAGACAGCCUUGAAUAUCUUGUCAUACCCCCGUAUUCCGAAUUACCAUUUGGCCCCGACACAGUACACUACUAUCUUCCUCGUAGAGUUACAAACUGGCCGGAUUCGCUCUCUCUGGAGGUGUAUCCUGAUAUAUGGGCUUGUCAUCCCGAGUACUAUCGGCAGUAUUCCGGAGUAGGGGAUGUAGCUGUAAGCCAGAACCAGGGGCAGAGCCAUAUUACAAUCCAUGAACGCAACUUCAAUAACACUCCCAGCGGUUCAAGGUUGGGAGAUUUUGAACAGCAACCUUCGGUCACCACUCAGGAAAGGCAGAAUAUGAUAUUUCAUACAAUUGAACAUGGACACCCGCGCGAAGACACAGAAUGCUCCGGGAAUCGUCCCGUUGAGCGGAAUGAGGAGUAUAUCCGCCCAACCACAGCUCAAAGUGCCCGCGGAAGCAGUGAGACCCGGCCUCGCACGCGAGUAGAGCAAGGCCUGGGUGAUGGAAGGGGUAGUAGUAGGGGUGCAGAGUCCGCCCCAAUGCACUCCCAAGGGGAUGACGGUGCCCAAAUUCAAAGGCACUCUGACGGCAGCAGCAACGUCGGCCCCGAUCCACAUUCCAAGGGGCGCAUUGAUGCCUUUGGCAGGUCGGGUCUCGGCUUUGCGGUAACACUAUGGGCUAUUCGACGCAAAUUCGACGAAGUCAUAUAA